GUGAAUCCAUUUAAUAUAUGCACUCUCCUUGAAACUGGCAAACAAGAUAUUAUUGUCUAACUAAAUUUCCAUUAUAAAAAAAUGAACUUACUGGUUGUUUUCUACAAUGACUGUUAACUUAAGAUGAAGCAUUUCUGAUGUUCGUAGAGACACCGCGUCAAACCUGGAAUACUUGGGUCACUGUUUUUUUGAAUCGCAAAAUAAAACUUAAUUGGUUAAAACUUUGGGACCAGGAUUCGAACCCACAGGAUGAAAUGGCAAAUUAGUAAUAAUCUUGUGAAACUGCACUGUCGUGUAAUACUUUGCCUUGUUGUUGACUGGCUUUUUUUUUAGCUGCACAGAUGAUGAGAUGAUGAAUCUAAUAUACACAAUAAGUAACUCUCUGCGGGUGAAUAUAUCAGUGUCUAACUGGCCUCGCAGCGUUCCAUCUUUCCACAUGGAAAGACCAGAGAAACAUUCCGCUGUUGUUAGUUUUUUUACUACACAAUGAGCUUUGCAGUGCCAUUGAAACCUUGUAUUCACACAGGUGCUGUGUAGUAAAGGGGGGCUUGUGACUUGCUAUCAGGGGAGUAAAUGUUCCAGAAUUGUCUUCCGCUGGUUUUUAUUCCAAGCUAUUUUCAUCCUUUUCAUUUUCGGCACCGUGUUUCCCUCCAUAAACAUUCGGGCUGUUUUUCUGGAAGUGACAUAACCGUACCUAAAGCAGAGUGGUGAUACUGCCAUUAUGACGCUAAGUAUGACUGAUAUGUGUCCUGUUCCAGGCUUGCCAACAUGUUGGUUCCAACGUUUGGUGCUGCGAAAGUGAGCAGUCCAUAGAAGGAGGGAGUGUUCGCCCUCUGCGACCCUCGAGAAGGUGUUGAAAGGAAGUUUAAUACGGUCCAUAGCUCCAGGAGCGUUCCCAGCUGAAGACUCUAACUCUCUCAUGAGUGUCUUUGGCAGCUCGCUAGAAAAUGCGCAGUGACUCGACAUGCUGAAGUUUACUGAAGGUCAGCCUGAAGUUGUAAGCAAGUUACGGCAUAUUUUAAUAUUUCUGCAUGUUUCAGACAAGCAAGAAGUCUCAGAAAUCCUUUUUGCGCCUAGCACCUACCGCUGACGUACGCAUAUGUCCGUAAAACCUGCCGUACUUCUGCUUCACCUGGUAACUGUCUGUGCACCAGCUGCACUGCCCUACUUAUAAUUUACGGUAUAAUAUUCCAAGCACUCGUUUUUGAGGCAGACAGGACUUCAGUACUUCAUGACAACUGUAUGAUGACAGAGGAAGUAGCAGCAUCUGUUUGUAAUGUUGAAUCUCCUCAGCGAUGAUAAUGUCUCCUUGACAACACACAUACCAGAUAAAUAGUUUAUUUUCAUUUCAUUUGUUCCCUUGUGUAAACAGACCAGAUAAGAGGUUAAAAAGCUGUUAUUCCAUCAUUUAGGAUCUAUUACGGCAUUGUGGCCGGUAAAAGAGAGGCUGUAUUUUUCGAAGGUUUGAGUUAUUUUGGUGAUAAAGCUGGUGAAAUAUGAAAGAAUGUCAGUAAGAAAAAUAAUUCAAAGAAGGAAAAAGCAAAGCGGAAGGAGUUAGACUCAGUAACAUCUACCUGAGGGUGGAAAACAAAUCUUAGGAAGGCAGGGUUGUACUGGGAAAGAUUAACUUGUAAUUCUGGGAGGGGUGAUGUUAUGUCAGAUGUACUUCCUGUUAUGGUUUCAUUCUGCAUCCCGGACCGGCCUUGCGUCAGUGCCGAAAUGCUGGGCUGUGAUAUGACCUCACUGCUAUAAACUUUUAUCGAACAGAAGGGGAGGAUGCCGGUAGGAGAUGAGAUCAGGACAAGCGCGAGAGCGUAGCUCGGUAUCUGUCCGAAUCCAGUGCAGGAUACCAGCUCACGUCAGCUGAAGACUAUUCCCUUACUUCCACUUCGCGGUCAGCGCGGCUGCAACUGGAGCAGAGUGGGACAGUCCCAGGAUCCGCUGACGCAAGUCCUGCGAGAGCAGAGAGGGACAAUAGUAAAACCUCGGACACUAUCCAAACAUUGCGUCUACACACCAGGCAGGACUAUAAGACGCCUCAGGGGUUUAUCUGACCAGAUGAUCAGUAGCUUGGCCCAUCACCCUCGCAAAUGCUUCACCUUCCACUCGCGGAUAAUCAUUUUCUCCUUGACAAAUCGUGACCGAGAGAUGCGCCGGCGAACGGAGGAUCGAGAGCAGCCAGGCCGCACGGCAGAUAGGAUCGAGGCAUACCAGACAUGGUACCAUGAGAUCCAGAUGCGGUGUGGAUGACCCCCCGGGUGACAUUAAGGUCGGUGGUCCCUGCCUGGCCAGUGACAUCCACGAGGAUGGGAAGCUCAACAGCGAUUCUCGACAGGAGACGGAGGUCUCAGGGACCCUGAAAUUACCCCAGAAGUCGUCCCUGCUCCCCAGCCAGAAACAUGGGCUGAUGGAUCUUUCCAAAGAAGACCUCGUCCGUUUCUUGGGAAUUAUGGAGGGAGAAGUGCAGGCCCGAGAUGACAUCAUCCAUAUCCUGGCCUCCCAGCAUGCCCCACCUGAGGCCCUGGAGAACCACUAUGCGUCCGCCGGCCACCUGGAGGCGUUGCAGGCUCUGCACCGAGACGGCUUCCUGUCCAACCCCAGGCGUCUCGGAGAUCAGGUGUAUGAGAAGCCGAUGGCUGAGCUGGAUAAGCUGGAGGAGAAGCACCGCGAGGCAUACCGGCGCAUGCUGAGCCAGCUGCUGCUGGCAGAGAAGUGCCACAGGCGCACCGUCCUGGAACUGGACAGCGAGAAGCGGAAACAUGGGGACUAUAUGGCCAAGAGCGACGACUUCACAAACCUGCUGGAACAAGAGAGGGAGAGAUUAAAACGAUUGCUGGAGCAGGAGAAGUCCUACCAGACCCGGAAAGAGAGGGAUCACAGUAAGAGGCUGGAGAAGGUUAGGGCGGAACUGGUCAAGCUCAAGUCCUUUGCCCUGAUGCUGGUGGAUGAGCGGCAGCUUCACAUCGAGCAGAUUGACCAGCAGAGCCAGAAGGUGCAGGGCCUGGUGCAGAAGCUCCAAGACAAGGAGCAGAAGCUGAGUCUGCUGAACCGAAGGGCGAAGGAAGACGGCCAGAAGGUGGCGAGGCUGGAGGCUGAGCUGGAGCACAAGGCAGCCAGGUUCGGGCAGGAGCAAGAAGAGAUGACCGCCAAGCUGACCAAUCAGGAGUCCCAGAACCGGCAGCUGCGGCUGAAGCUGGCCGGCCUGGCCCGCAAAAUCGAGGAACUAGAGGAGAGCAACAAGGUGCUUAAGAAGUCUGAGGAGGAGCUUCAAGAGCUCCGAGACAAAGUCAGCAAGGGGGAGUGUGGUGAUGCCAGCCUUGUGGCAGAACUGGAGAAGCUACGCAAGACAGUAAUGGAGAUGGAAGGCAAGGAUGAGGAGAUCACAAAGACGGAGAACCAGUGCAGGGAGCUGAGGAAGAAGCUGCUCGAGGAAGAAAGCCACAGCAAGGACCUUAAACUCGAUGUGGAGAAGCUCCAGAAGAGGAUGACAGAACUGGAGAAACUGGAGGGGGCCUUCAACGUGAGUAAGAUGGAGUGCUCACAACUGCACGCCAGCCUGGAGAAAGAAAAGAGCUUGUCAAAAGAGCUGGCAGGAGAACUGGAAAUGGUGAUGAAUCACGUGAAGGAGCUGAAGAGUUCAGAAUCAAGGCUGGAAAAGGCAGAGGUGAGCUUAAGAGAUGACCUUACCAAGCUCAAGUCCCUUACGGUGAUAAUGGUGGAGGAGAGGAAAAACAUGGCGGAAAGAAUCCGCCAAGAGGAGAAGAAGAACUAUGAUUUGAAUAAGAUGUUUAAGACUGAGCAGAGCAAGGUCAUGGAGGUCACUGAAAAGCUUAUCGAGGAGAGCAAGAAGCUGCUCAAGCUGAAGUCGGAGAUGGAGGCAAAGGUCUCCUCUCUCACCAAGGAGAAGGAUGAUCUAAAGACCAAGCUGGCAAGUGAAGAGGAGAAGUGUAAAGAUCUGAGCUCACAUGUCAGUUUGAUGAAACAGAGGAUAGAGGGAAUUGAGGAGACUGAAAAGGAAGCUUCACAAAGCAAGAUGAAGAUGGAGCAUGGGGAAUGCUCAGACUCUUCGGACCAAAAUGACAACCGAGUUAAGGAACUGACCUUGGAAAUUGAAAGGUUAAAGAACCGCCUUAAACAGCUGGAAGUUGUGGAAGGAGACCUGAUGAAGACCGAGGAUGAGUAUGAUUUGCUAGAGAAGAAAUUCCGGACCGAACAAGACAAAGCUAACAUCCUCUCCCAACAGCUGGAAGAGAUGAAGAGUCAGAUAGCAAGGAAUAAAGCUAUAGAGAAAGGUGAGGCCGUGAGCCAAGAAUCGGAGUUACGGCAGCGCUGCAAGAUGGAGGAGGCAAAGACCAGAGACCUCCAGGUGGAUGUUUUGGCCCUCAAGGAGAAGAUCCACGAGCUGAUGAACAAGGAAGACCAGCUCUCCCAGCUGCAGGUGGACUAUUCUGUCCUUCAGCAACGGUUAGUGGAAGAGGAGAAGAAAAGGACAAGCAUGAGUCACCAAGUACUCAACCUCACGAAGGAACUGGAGGUCACGAAACGCUACAGCCGUGCCUUGCGGCCCAGCAUGAACGGCCGGAGGAUUGUGGACGUUCCCGUGACAUCGACCGGAGUGCAAACAGACAUGGUGACCAACGAGACCUCCGAGGAGGAGAGCCCUGCGCUGUUCAUCAGGAAAUCCGUCCAGGAGGAGAACCACAUUAUGAGCAACUUGCGGCAGAAGGGUCUGAAGAAGCCAGUGGAGAGCCCACCCGUGCUGGAGCGUUACCCUCCUGCGGCCACCGAGGUGACUAUGAGGAAGUCCUGGAUCCCGUGGAUGAGGAAGAAGGACGGAGUGACGCAUAGCAGCCCCGAGAAGCCAGUGCACACCAACGGAGAACAAUCCCACUCUGAGCUGACAGUGUCCCAGAAGCAAGGCCAACCUCUGCACAUUCGGGUGACCCCCGACCAUGGGAACAGCACAGCCACCCUGCAGAUAAGCAGUCCUGCCAAGGACUUCUUCUCCAGCACCACCGUCAUCCCCACUGUGGGCCUUCAGAAGCCUCGUAUCACCAUCAUUCCCAGUCCGUCCACCAUGUCCCCAAGCCAAAAGGCUGGUGAGAGCCCCCGAGGUCCAGAGAGGGCGAAGUCCCCGGUCACCAUAACUACCAUCUCCAGGGCUAAAUCACCUGAGGGGAAGAAGGCAUCUUUAUGUGAAAGACCCACCUCCCCAGUCUCCAUCAUGACCGUCAGCACCUCUGCCAUGCCUGACCUCUCGAGCUCGCCGGAGUCGCAGGAAAUGACGAUGGGGCGGGCAGUGUUCAGGGUGACGCCCGAGAAGCAGACUGUGCCCACACCCAUCAGGAAAUACAACUCCAAUGCCAGCAUUAUCACCACCACAGAGGAUAACAAGAUCCACAUCCACCUCGGGGCGCAGUUCAAGAGGCCCCCAGAAGCUGGCAGCCCUACUAUCACCUUGAUGGCCGAGAGCAGGGAGGCAGCCACCGGCACAGUGCUGCGUUCCCCCCGACACUGUGCUGCAGCCAAGACAGCAUCCGGCAAGGUGACAAGCAGCAUCACGAUUACACCUGUCACCUCUGCACCUUCCAGACAAACACCAUCCCUGGAGGGGCAGCCUCCGAGGGCGGCGCCCACCCGCAUCCCCAUGUCCAAGGGCAUGAAAAGCGCCAAGGUGGCUAUUGGACCCCCCAGCAUCUCCUCCGUGACGAAGGUGGAGUCACGAGUAGACGGCCAGUCGAUGAAGAUUGAAUUGAAGAGGUCCACCGCUGGCAUCUCUGCCCCUCCCACAGGAGGAAAGGGCUGAGGACCCUUUUUAUGUUAUUUAUGUGGGUUGUGCUGGUUGAGGAACCUGAUCUACCUCCCCUUGGUAGCCUAUUAGAAAAUAGGGAAUCUACUGUACCAUGGGCUGGAAGACCCACCUGUCCUUUACCUGCUCCCAUGACAGUAACGGGAAGACCCACCUCUCCUUUACCUGCUCCCAUAACAGGAACCGGAAGACCCACCUCUCCUUUACCUGCUCCCAUGACAGGAACCGGAAGACCCACCUCUCCUUUACCUGCUCCUAUGACAGAAACAGGAAGACCCACCUCUCCUCUACCUGCUCCCAUGACAGGAACCGGAAGACCCACCUCUCCUUUACCUGCUCCCAUGACAGGAACCGGAAGACCCACCUCUCCUUUACCUGCUCCCAUAACAGGAACCGGAAGACCCACCUCUCCUUUACCUGCUCCCGUGAUAGAAACAGGAAGUGAGCCACCAAAAGUACCUGUCAAGCUGUUAAAGGAGUUAUGGACAAAAUCACAAAAAGCUUGUCUGUCUUAAUAUAAGUCCAUGGCUCGAGUUAUUUUUUAAAUGGAGGGUUUGUCUUUUGCAUGUUAAGUUUUUUGGGCUUGCAUCCAUGACUUGUCUCACACAGGGGCCUUUGCUGGUUGAUUUUUUUUUGUACCACUUUUUUGAUAUAUUAUACACUAUCCAUUUGUUUCAUAUGAGGGAAUAAAGUUUUUAAGAAUUUGAAAAAGUUA